AUGAACAAGUGGAAUGAGUUGCACAAACGGAGAAAAAUAAACAGCAGCCUGAUACCCAGUAUAAAUAUAAAUACCAUCCUUGAUUUGGAUUUACUUGCUAUUCUCAACAACCCUAGCUUAAGGCAUGAAAUUAUCAACUCAAAGAGCCUGCAGUUCAAAUCACUUAACAAGCAGCAAAGCUACAAGACUUAUCAGUAUUGGUUGGAUAUCCACACUGAAUUGAACUUUGGCUGUGAUUCUUAUUGCAGAUUACCAAUUCUUAUUAGAAACAUCAGAGACAUUCUAGUAAAUCUACUUGAAUCUUCAAAUAAGCAAGACAGUCUGUUUAUUUACAAACUCUUAAAUCCUCAAGAGAUCCUCGAUAAGCUCCAAACCAAUAACAUCAACUUACAUUCCUUAUUUAGCGUUAUUGGUGAUGUCCUUAAGAAGCACUGUGCUCCUAUAAGAGAUGCUGAGAUUGAGCUAUUCAUACACACCUCCUUACACGACACAACUAAGUCCCUUGAAUUAUUCCUCCAGCUUCUUGAAGUUAUGAAGAUUGACAUCCUCAACCACCAACUCAUCGCCCACCGUCCACUCAUCGUGCAAUCAGCCAUCGAUAUUGAAUUCCAGUCGUUCGAUUCAAUGAGCGCGGCCAACGAAAUCUCUCUAGACUCCACCAGUCGAUGGCUCCUACGUGCCAAGGAAGCCUCAGAAGCGCACUCCACAGUCAAGCAGAUCUUCAUCACAGCAACCCAGCAGCUUAUUGAAUCGUACAACCCAGAAUCAUCGAUGGCUUUACCUGAAACGUUAAAGAUCGAUGGGAGCAAAUUCGAGCAGGCGCAGCAGUAUAUUGACGACCUCACUCUUAUGUCCCUCUUGCUCUUGCUCGCCAGACAGACAUUGGCAGGAUACACUGGGCACACGGGGAACGCAGCCACAGCCACAUCCACUUCUGCAGUCAAGAAUAUACCCCAGUACACCAUCAACGACUUGCAUCAACUCAAAGCGCAACUAUAUGUUAUCCUCAACGACGGCAAAUUGCCCUCACCGCAAGUAAAGCAAGUCGUGCUAUCAGACAACAGCGGCAAGCUGCUCCAUUACAAUGUUGUAGACUUGGUGUCUGCAAGUGUGCAAGUAAAUGGUAAUGAGAAUGGUAGUGGUAUUGGUAUACUCAACAAGAAUCUUAAAGACUCCGAAUCGCACAGUAUCACAAUGGCUCUUGUGCAUAUCGCCCACUCCGUGCAUCACAAACUCGGUAUAGACAAGAGCGAGGUGUCGCCAGCGUUGCUAGACAGGCUUAGUGAAUGGUAUAAACACCACUACGACGGGAAGUCGAGUGUGUACCAUCUCCUCAAGAAACGGUUGUAUGAUACCCUCAAGCAGCACUUGUGGAUGGGUGUGGGAGGCGCGCAGGGUGCGCAAGGCAUUCAGAGCAUGCAGAACAUUCCCUCCCCUCAACCCAGUCUCAACGAUCCUUGCAACUGCGACGUGGCUUCUGUGGGUAGGAAGAUGUCCAAUCUUCUCGACUUCAAUUAUAGAGUGUACGAGGCAGUCUAUGCGCGCAUUCUGUAUACUCCAGUAGACUCCACCUCUCACUCCACACAGCAGCACCACACUGCGCAUAAACAUAUCACCAAGUCUCAAUCGCAUCACGAUAGAACGGAACAAAAACAGGCUUUGCAAUUAUCUCAGAAUCCCACUAUACCCACUUAA